AUGCCAACAAGAGAGCAGUCCCCUAACAACCAAAGAUGGGCUCCCCAGGGGGUCCUUAAGUCUGGGGACUUUGAGGAGGAAAAGCACAUCUUAUCCCCAGACGCUUCAGCCAUCAGAACCUUCUUGCCCCGAUCCAGCUGCCCUGUCCCCCCCAGAUUCUUAAGAUCCCUUGUCAGCUGGCUGUGGGUAGUGGAGAGGGCCAGAGGGGAGGGCACUCCACAUACCCAGUCAGGCCUGCACUGCCCCUUCAGACACCAGCUCAUGCCUCAGGCAGGAAGCCCGGGCAAUGGCCACGAGCUUGCUGGAGGCUCUGAGAGCAAAGCCGCUGGUAGGAACAGAAGGAGAGGGCAGUUGUGGUUCUCUGGCUUCUGGCUGGGCUGA